AUGAAUGCUCCGAUGACUUUCGACGCUGAGGAUGUCAAGGAUGACAUGGAGGAUCACAACAACCCCUUGGUUCUCACAUUACCCAUCGCGGGGUGCAAUAUCAGGAAGGUCCUCAUCGACGGAGGGAGAUCGGUCAAUGUACUGUUUUAUGACACGUUCAAACGAAUGGAGCUGAAUGACGAGCAGAUGAUGUCUUCGUACUAUAACAUCUACGGAUUCAAUGGGGCCCCAAUGAAGCCUUUAGGAGACAUUGUGAUGCAAGUGAACGCAGGACCGAUGAAGGUUGAUACACGAUUCAGUGUAGUAGACGCUCCUUCUCCUUACAAUGCCAUCAUCAUCUGA